GUGUUUUUUUUUCCUCAUGCUUUAGCUGAAAACCUUAAAUACAAAAGAGUUAUUCUGUUUCGGGGCAUUACAGCGUGUUUGGUGGAGAUAAACUCAGGAGAGUUCUCAGAGAGACCAGUAUCUAGUAAGUAGAUUUGUCGUUGUAGACGAGAAUGUUGCUGGGGUUUUCUCUUCUUCUCGUCAUGCUUCCUGUCACUAAAGGCUGCAACCUAAACAACAACAAAAAAAUAUUUAACAUCAGUGCACAUGUAGGUGAUACAGUACUGCUGCCCUGCUCUUGCACUGACCCCCAGUCCCAAUCUCAAAAAGUAACCUGGAAAAAAAAUCACAAGCUCAAUAGUAAUUGGGUUUAUGUACCAACUUUGGAAAUUAGAUUUCAACUCAGCAAUGUUCAGAAUGGAAAUCUCUCUUUACUCAUAUCACACCUAACUGCUGAGGAUGAUGGAUUGUACAGGUGUUCAACUAGUCAGGAUUUGUUCACAGACAUCAACCUCAGUGUUAAAGGCGAGCCUGUUUCUGCAGAGCCAUCGAUCUUCAUGAUCCUCAUUCCCGUUGUGCUGCUUUUGCUUAGCCUCGGAGGAGUCAUUUUGUGGCGCUACAGAGCAAGAAAACAACUGACACCAAACUGUAAAGAACUGGCAGGUCAGAAGAAUGAGGAGGAGGCACAGAGGAAAAAGCAGGAGAUGCAGGAUGAUGUCAUGUACACCACUGUGGUCUACACGACUCAAAUACCCAAAUUAGUCAGCACUAAGGAAAGCACAUGA